AUGCAGCGCAUGCAAAGAAUCACGGGGCGCUUCCUUCCACGGACGCCCAAUGAGGCUGAUGUCGAGGCCAUGCUGAAAGACUUUAGCGACUCCCAGGUCAUGCUGGAGAAGCUUGAAGCAUCAGCAAAGCAAUGGCGGGACGCGUGGACCAACAUCCUCAACCACCAACUGUCUUCAGUCGAGCUCCUAUAUGCCAUCUUCAAGCCCCUCGGCGGCGAAGGCUCCAGUUCCACUCAUACACAUGUCGAGACGCCGGCUGAUGUGCUCGAACGUGUCCAUGGUCUCCAUGAAGCCUUUUCUGAGCUCAAGACGGACAUGAUGGAGGAGGUCAAGGACAUUGACAGGAAACUGGUCGUGCCUGCCAAGCUCGCUCGCGAUGCACUGAAGCCUAUGGAGAAGGCUAUCAAGAAGCGCGAUGACGCAAAGGUCGACUAUGAACGCUACAAGAGCCGCUGUGAAGCGCUGCAGAAUAAGAAGACGCGUUCCGAGCGUGAGAACCACGCCCUGACCAAGCACGAAACGGACCUCGAACGCUCCACACACGCAUACCAACUCGCCGACGAGAACCUCCGAGAGCGUCUUCCCAGGUUGAACGCUGCGACGUUUUCUAUUCUGCCCCACCUCCUAGCCAACCAGAUUGUGCUACAGAAUAACCUGAUUGGAAACUUGUACACUGUGCUACACCAGUACUCGCAUGAGCAGGGAUAUCCCGAUCCACCACCAGAACCUGAGGAGGUGAUUCCAGUAUGGGACUCAAGUUUCACCCCGCUGCGCACUGAGAUGGAGUCGAGUCUUGGCUUGCUCAAGACUGGCAAAGCCAUUCACCAGCCGAUGCGACUGCCAGACAAAGGAGAGACAGUGACAGGUUUAGGCAUUAGGAACAAGGUCUUGCCUGGUCGGAGACCUAGCAGCAACGACAGUGUGCCGACCAUAACCGGCGUCAGCAGACCCGCACGGCCAGCGCAAACCCUAUCCUCAACCUCGGAGAGCGGUCCUCCAAUCAGCCUCUCUAAUAAACCCUCAUACAGCUCUCUUAGUGCAUCCAAGCCAAAGAUAGGCGGUUCUCCCCAUCUAAGUGCCAACCAGGAUGCCUAUGGUCGCCGUGCUUCUUCUACAUCCAUGGCAUCCUCCUACUCCAACGGAGGCAGUGACUAUUUCAAGAUGCAUCCGACGGCUUCCAACGGAUCGACUCCCAGCGGUUAUCCGUCCUCACCAAACCCCGCAGCAGGCAAGAAGAAGCCACCGCCACCACCUCCUAAGAAGAAGAUAGGCUCUUUUCAGGGUGAGUAUGUCACGGCCAUGUAUGACUUCGACAGUCACACGUCAGGCGAUCUGUCCUUUAGGGAGGGCGACCGCAUUCGCGUUGUUAAGAAGACGGAGAGUUCGCAGGAUUGGUGGGAGGGCGAGAUCAACGGAAGGCAGGGCAGCUUUCCGGCGAAUUACUGCAAAUAGUUAUUCGCGUGAGAAUGAUCAGAUGGACUAGCAUGGCAUGGGAGGAACGAUAUCCAAAACUGCAUUAGACGGAGGCGUUCAGGUGUGGACGAGACUUUCGAUCACGUCGCAAAACAUAUGGACACUAAUUCUCUUUGAAGUCGCAUCCAUCGUCUUCCUGGCAGACUUUCAAACUACUCUAAUUACAUAUUUGAGUGACCUCA